UUAAACUAAUCGGUCGUAAAAAAUGCAUAAGAAUUGAAAAUUUGACAUACUUCAAGUGGAAGUUUGAUCAAAAACGGCUCAUAAAUUGAUAAAAUUUAUUAAAAUUAGCCAAAAAAAACUAAGCAGCCCUACCCAAAAUCAAAGAUGUCACCACAACCUCCAAGACCACCAACACCAAAGCCACCACCUCAAAAACACACAGCAAUCCCACAAAAACGAUCAUCAUGCUGCGACUUCCUUAUUCUCUCAAUUUCAUUUCUGUUUACAAUUUUUGUCGCGUGCCUUAUUCUCAUCUAUGUUCAUACUUAUCAGCAACAGCAUCAAAUGGAAAUUGAGAAGUUAAUUCAGAAGUCGAUUGACGAGAGAAUUUUAAACUUGAAGAGAAAUCCUCAAUUUUAUGAGAGGAAGAGAGGCGAUUUUGGCGAGAAUUUGAGGACGAAAAGAACUAUUGUUGAGUUCAGGCCGAUUGGUGCUGAUGAGUCUCAAGUAGAAUUUUUCGACCCAAGAUUGCGUCCUGAGCUGGAAAAAAAUGAUUCAAUGAUCAUGAAGAAAAAUAACUGGAAAGGUUCAGCACCAAAGGGAGACAACUGGGUCUGGUUGACAUCCUACUCAAGAAUUCCAUUCCAAGCAAUUGAUGGAUUUUGUAGACGAACUCAAGAGUAUUGUCCACCUGGAAAGACUGGAGAAAAAGGACAGACAGGACAAAAAGGAACAAAGGGAGAUAUUGGACCGGUUGGUCCAAUGGGCUACAAAGGAGACUCUGGUAUAACCGGUCAAAGAGGUCCUAAAGGAAUUAAAGGAAGUCAUGGGUUUAGAGGACUUGAUGGCAGAGAUGGUCUUCCUGGUGAGCCUGGAAUUGAUGGAUUACCUGGUCGCGCUGGAAAAGAUGGAACUCCGGGAGUGAAUGGAACAAAUGGUAGAGAUGGAACUCCUGGAACUAAUGGAAAUGAAGGGCUUCAAGGACCACCAGGAAUUAAAGGCGAUCGAGGAGAAAAAGGUCUUCCUGGACCAAAGGGACCACGUGGAGACAAAGGCAAAGAUGGAACUCAUGGAGUGCCUGGAACUUGCAUGCACGGAUGCGUCAAUCUUAACGGAUCUGCAACUGACACUAAAUUGUAUUACUUACCUGCUCAUAUUCCAACAUCUGGUCAAGCUGAAAUGAGGAAACCAAUCAUCAUUAAGGAAGGAGACAACUUAAGACUAAGAUGUUCAGCAUCUGGAUAUCCUGAGCCUAAAAUUCAAUGGAAACGAGAGGAUGGACAGACGAUGAAUUUUGGUGAAUGGGAAGCCAAUAUUGUGGAAACGAAUGUAAUGAACUUUACAAAAGUCAAUCGAGUCCACAUGGGAGUCUACGUCUGUACAGCAGACAAUGCAGUGUCUCCACCAGCAGUUUAUAAGUUUACUGUUGAAGUUCAGUUUAAGCCACUUGUGCGCAUCAAGCAUAAAUCCGAACAGUACAUAAGAGCUGAACCUGGAAAGUCAGUCAGUUUAAGUUGUGAGUCUGAAGCAUAUCCAGAACCAGUCAUGUAUUGGCAACGUUCUGAUGAUCUAACAAUUGAAAAUGAGAGGAACCGAUAUCAUGUUGAGCAAAAAACCAUUGACAUCUACAAAUUCAACACAACUCUCACAAUAUCCCGAAUCACUCAAGAUGACUUCAACAAGGAAAUCCGUUGCGUUAGCAAAAAUAAACUUGGAAUUGCCAAAAUUUCCUUCUUCCUAGUCACUCAAGCUCAAUUUAAGAACUACAAAGAUGGCGAUUCUCCAUUGGAAAGUGGUGAAAUUCCACCACCAAAAGAAAGCUACGAAUCUUUGUGUCCUGAACAGCGUCCAUGUGAUGAGUGUCCAACACUUAAAGACCUCAAAUGCAUCGACUCAACCCUCCUUGACAUCAUCGACAAAGAAGCUUUUGCAACUCCAACAGCCAACCGUACAUACGAUGAACUCGGAAAUAGAACUCAAGACUGUGAACUUAGUAUGGUUGGUAAGCCAGUAUUCUUCAGUCAUUUGGAUAUCACAUAUGGUGCUUGGCUGAGAGAUCCAAUUGCUGUUGAGAAUGUGACAGUUGAGAAAAUUUGGCAGACGAAUGAAAAUGAUCCAAGGAACUUGUAUGAAUAUAAGACAAAGUAUGAGUAUGUGAAGAAGAUUAAGCCAAAGAAGUAUCCACUGCCUUGUAUAUUUAAGGGAAAUGCUCAUGUAAUCUACAACAACCAUUUCUAUUAUUAUUGUCAAACUAAUGAGUCUAUAAUCAAGUAUGAGCUGAAAACUGAGAAAGCAGUCAAGGAAAAGAAGCUUGAGGACCUCAACUCAUCACAUUUACUAUACUCAACUCAGUUCAACGUCGUAGACUUCAGCAUUGAUGACAAUGGAAUGUGGAUAAUCCACAGCUCACCUAAUUCAAAUUAUACAAUUGUGUCUAAGCUUAAUGUUACUACUCUCGAGAUUCAGAAUAGCUUCAAUGUCAGCGUGUAUCAUGAUAAGCUUGGAGAAAUGUUUAUCGUCUGCGGGAUCCUUUAUGGAGUUGACAGCACAACCGACACAAACACAAAAAUCCGCUUUGCCUUCGACAUUUACAAGAACAAAAGAAUCGAUGUUGAAAUUCCAUUCUCAAAUCCAUUCACAAGUACAAGCACAAUUGGAUAUAAUUACAAUUUGAGGGAGCUUUACACAUGGAGUAAUGGAAAUCAGUUGAUAUAUCCAGUGAAGAUUAAUGCACUUGGUACAAAUUAUACAGCUGAGGAGAGUGUUCCUAUUCUUUUAGAACGUGGUGUUGGAUAUUCUGUGUUGAAGGCUAAGAAGAAGCCGAAGGUUGAACUGACAACGACACCAAAACCUACUUAAUUAUUUUUUUGAUGUUUUGUGUUUUUUUAAAAAUGUUGUAUUGAUGUUUGUGAUUCUUUUGUAUUUUAUAUUGGCUAAACCAGUGAUGGUCAACCUGUGUGUCGCGGAACACUAGGGUUCCAGAAUAUCCUAAGAACCAUGUGAUGUAUGCAUGCAAAGUGUGCCGUGAAAUAAAAAAGGUUGUCCACCACUGGGCUAAACUUUAAUUUUUA